AUGGCUUCGGACACGAAACGUCUCGCGGUUGCCUUUCUGCAUCCUGACCUAGGGCUAGGCGGUGCUGAACGAUUGGUGGUGGAUGCUGCGCUUGGGUUGCAGAAGCUGGGACAUUCCGUGGAUAUCUACACCUCCCACUACGACCCGUCUCACUGCUUCGAGGAAACGAAAGACGGAACCCUCCGAGUACACUGCCCGAGGCCCCCCUUCCCGAGGUCCAUCAAGGGCAAGCUUCACAUCCUGCUCGCCCACGCCCGACAACUGCACCUUACAUCCCAUAUAAUCCGAAAAUCCGCUUCGAAGUACGACGUAUUCUUCGUCGACCAGCUGUCGACAUGCGUUCCGAUAUUGCGCCUUUUAGCUGGCAAACGAGUGGUGUUCUACUGUCAUUUCCCGGAUAAACUGCUAGCAGACGGUGCUUACGUCGAAGGCAAGUCCGGACAGCAGGGAAGUCUGCUCAAGCGACUCUACCGGAUGCCUAUGGACUGGUUAGAGGAGGUUACUACCAGUCAAGCUGACGUUAUUAUCGCCAAUUCCAAAUUCACUGCGAGCGUUUUCAAAAAACACUUUAGAAGCAUUCGAGUGAAUCCGCGUGUCAUAUAUCCAGGUGUCAAUCUGUCGGCAUACGAGUCUUCGCCUGACUGGGACGAUCCUGACGUACGCCAAGUCGUCUCGGAUCGGCCUACGUUGCUCUCCCUCAAUCGAUUUGAAAAGAAGAAGAAUACCGCGCUGGCAGUCGACUCGUUUGCCCUCUUCCGGAGGCGCUUGUCGGAACAGUCUUCGAUACCUAUGGAGACAUUACGACUGGUUAUCGCAGGCGGAUAUGAUCCACGGCUGGAAGACAAUAUGAUGACAUUGGUUGGCCUUAUCGACCGAGCGAAAGCCAAGUCGCUGUCGUAUACCAUCAUCCAACCUUCCUCGUCCAAAGUUACCAUUCCUCCUUUCAACAUGAAACCCGAGAACCCCGAUAUCAUUCUCCUCCUGAACUUCACUACUGCCCAACGAUCGGCCCUCUUAUCCUCGGCGUCCACCCUUGCCUUGCUCUACACACCUACUAAUGAACAUUUCGGUAUCGGACCAAUAGAGGGGAUGGUCUCUGGUCUUCCAGUCCUGGCGUGCGACUCUGGCGGCCCGACUGAGAGUAUCAUCGAUUCACCCGCGUCAGAGCGCACUGGAUGGCUCCGUCCUCCCGACGAAAACCUGUGGGCGGACGCGUUAGUUGAGAUUGUCAGUUUGUCGAAAGACGAGCGCGCAUUGCUUGCUGGACGAGGUCGCAGUCGUGCGAGGGAAAUGUUCGGGAUGGACGCUAUGGCGUUGAGUUUGGAGGAUGCAUUACGGGAAGCUGUGGCGUUGGGCCCGGUACCUGGCGUGGGUGCUUUGACGCCCCUAUUGGGAUUUCUCCUCGCUUUCCUUCUAGGAUUAGUCCUGAACUCAUUGCUCGGGAGGUCUACUUGAACAUAGAGAUACUUAAUUGGUUUGAAGGUUCU